GUUGGCAACUAUGUAAUUGCCAUGUAGUUAUAUAUACAUAAGUGUGAACGUUAUUAAAAAGUUUAUUGAUACGAGAAGAGGCUGUGUUGCAUUGAAAACCCUUAGAAAUUUCUAAUUAAUAAUCAUGGCUCCGCAAUACAAACUUACUUAUUUUAAUAUAUCUGCUCUGGGUGAACCCAUCAGAUUCUUGCUGAGUUAUGGAAAUAUCGAUUUCGAAGACGUUCGUAUUGAAAGAGAACAAUGGCCAUCUUUAAAAUCGACUACUCCAUUUGGACAACUACCACUAUUGGAGCAUAAUGGUAAAGUGGUUAAUCAAUCCAUGGCUAUUGCAAGAUACUGUGCGAAGUUGGUCAAAUUGACAGGAAGCAAUGAUUGGGAGGACUUGGAAAUUGAUUCUGUUGUUGAUACUAUAUCUGAUUUACGAUCAAAAAUUGCUGAAUUCCAAAAAGAACAAAAUGAAGAGUUAAAGGCAAGCAAAAAGAAACAGGUCAUUGAAGUAACUAUUCCAUUUUACAUUGAAAGAUUAGAGGAGAAAGUCAAAAAUAACGAUGGAUAUUUGGCUUGUAAAAAAUUGACAUGGGCAGAUUUGUACUUUGUGGCCCUUUUGGACAUGGUGAACGUGAGAGUAGGAAAAAAUAUAAUAGAAAAUGCUCCAAGCCUACAGAAACUUAGAGAAAAAGUAUUGGCUCUUCCUGGUAUCAAAGCCUGGAUAGCAAAACGCCCAAAGGAUCGUGUUUAGAUGAAUAUGACUAAAAAUAUUUAUUGUUUGAUGUUAAUAUAAAAUAAACAUUUUUUUUCGUUGCAUUUUUUACAAAUGGUGGCUUCUCAACUGUACAUUUUUUGCAUACGUACCUUUUACAUUUUAGUCAGAUUUUGUUCGUUUUAUUAUCUUUACAAUACAUUAUCAGACAUGUUUUCCGUUCACAGGAACCUGUAUUGUACAUGCGAUGGGUAUUGGUUAAUUUUCUUUACUGAGUUUUUGUUGGUAUUCGAUAGAAAGUUCUUUUGCCGAUUGGAAUAGAUAUUCCUGUUCUUUAAUUUCUCCUCUCGUAGUUUCUUUAUUAACACCCUUGCAUUUAUCCCG